CUAAGCAACACAAACGCCUCCCACCCACAUGAUUGGCAUACAGUACUUCCAUCGGGACGGCGGUUGCGGAAGGAAAAAUGGGGUGGGAACCUUUUCUUUGCGGCCAAAGGAGGACACGGAACAAGUUUUGGGUGACGCCAAGAUGGCGGCCUCCGCGAUGGCUUGCUGCGGUCGUCUCCCGGCGUUUAAGGCUUUGUCACAGCAAGCAUGGGGUCUACGAAGUAUGCCUUCUGUUUAUGUCUGCACCAAACCAGGUGAUUCCAAAAAAGGCUUCCCAAAAGAUAAGGGGAAGAUCAUAACUAACUGUAAACCUGAUGCAGCUGUAAAAUUAACAGAUGAAGAUCUGAGAAAAUUCUUGGCAAUGAAAACUUUGGUAAUGUUUCCUCAGAAGGCACAGUUUCCUUUUGAGAGAAAGCCAGUUUUCUCUUCCACAGAAGGAUUAGGGAAGAGGUUAACAGAUGAAGAGUCCUCCUCUUCAUCAAGUUCUGAAUCAGGCUCUAGCUCUGAUUCUGAAGAUGAUGAAUUCAAAGAGAAGCCACACAGACAAAAGAAACUCUACGGCACAACCGAUAACAAGCAGUUAAAAUCGGAUAUGAUAAAAACUGCUUCAAAACAAAGGCCUAAAGAAGUACCAGUACAUUUAAAGAGCAAGAAGCUAGGAAUAGUGAAUGCAGAGAGUCAAAAGCCAACAGAAGUUUCAUCUGAAAGCCUGGAAGUACCUCUCUCUAAAACUGAUCCACAGAGAACUCGGCUGGUACCUCCACAAAAUAUAUCACAAAAUCUGGAACAGGAUGAAAACAUUACACAGAAAAUGCAAAAAACUGAGAUGCAAGACAGAGUUUUUGAAGAACCAGGGCCUGAAGUUUCAAGGGAAAGAAUGCCUGUAAUAAAAACCACCCUGAAGGAGGAGAUCAUCCCAGAAGUGGAAGCUCAAAUUGAAGAACAAAGCACUCCACAGGCUGCCAAGCCAUCACCUGAAACUGCUCAAGAAACAUAUGACACUUCUACCUACAAGAACCUGCAGCACCAUGAAUAUCAACCAUUCACUUUUGUGGAUUUUGAUGUUUUGUUGUCAAAAUUCAGGCUGCCUCAGCCAUCUUCUGGGAGACUAUCUCCAAGACACUGAACUAUUUGUGGAAAACAAAUAAAUUCCGACAAAGUAUUAUGCUUGUGAGUGUUCUAAAUUAAUAUUAGCAUUAAUUAUUAUAAUUGCUGAUUGUAUGACCAAUUAAUUCUAAUAAUUAAUGAUAACUUGAUAAUUUCCUUAGUUCAAGCUACUGUGUAGUGUCAUACCACACUGCU